AUGGCUACGGAAGGAGGCGUCUCAGUGGCCAAGUGGGAGAGCAACGUUGGACCCGUCUACAGAUUUAGAGGAGAAGCCGGGGUGACUUUAGCCGCUUCCCUCGGAAGAUCAAGUCUCUGGGAUCUCUGCUCGCGGUAUUCCUCUCUCUACAAAUUCCUGAGGAUCACAGCAAUUUUCCAAACGGUUGUGGGGAAUAUGAUGCGGAAGCUGGAAAGGAAGAGGGGCGUCAUCGUUCCAGCAGUGUUCAGCCCUGGAAGCAUCGAGGCAGCUCGGCUUUAUUGGGUCAAGGCGACUCAAGCCUAUCAUCUCCAAGCCGAGUGUGACAUCAUCUCUCACGGAUUGCAGUUGAAGAAGUCUCAUCCGUUGACCAAGCUCACGGCCUUCAUCGAUCAACAGGGAGUUCUCAGAGUCGGCGGGCGGUUAAAGUUCUCUACUCUAGGACCAGAGAGUAGGCAUCAGGCCAUCAUCCCUCAAGGCUCAGUGCUCGCAGAGCUUAUCAUCAGGGACUCUCAUCAGCGGACGCUGCACGGUCGUCUACCAGUAAGAUCCUUCAUCCUCAAGUGCGUGGAGUGCGCGCGUCAUCGAGGAAUCAGAGCUCAGCAGCUGAUGGGUCAGCUUCGGGUGGCACGUCUGAUGUCGGGUCGUGCUUUCUCUAACACUGGUGUGGACUAUGCCGGACCAGUGUCUAUCAAGACUUGGAGGGGGCGUGGUCACAAAAUCCAGAAGAGUUGGUUGAUGAUUUUCGUGUGUAUGGCCCCGUCCGCUCUCCAUCUGGAAGCUGUCACGGACUACACCGCUGAUGGUUUCAUCACCGCCUACCAAAGGUUCGUGAGUCGUCGGGGAUACUGCAGACACUUGUACAGUGACUGUGGCACCAACUUCAUCGGGGCGGAUAAGGAGCUGAACAAGUUCUCCGCUGGAGCUAAGGAGUUCCAGCAUCUCUCUGCAGUAUGUCUCAAGAAUGGGACGUGUUGGACGUUCAAUCCUCCUGGAGCCUCUCAUUUCGGGGGAAAAUGGGAAGCAGCGGUCAAGCCUCUACAACCGCUCUCGGAAGAUCCUGACGAUGUGUCCUGCCUCACCCCGGGGCACUUCCUCAUUGGAGAAGCUCCAAUAGCUCUUCCGGAGCCCUCACUGGAACACCUCAACGUUGGACGACUCUCUAGAUGGCAACUGAUCCAGCAGAGGCUGCAGUUCUUCUGGAAGCAAUGGUCUACAGAGUAUCUGCAGCAGCUCCAGUCCAUCUCCAAGUGGCAUCACCCGUCCAACGAGAUCAAAGUCGGCAGCCUGGUUCUUCUCUACGACGAGCGGUUCCCGCCAGCGAAGUGGCCUCUUGCUCGGGUCACAGCUCUACAUCCUGGAAGGGACGGUCUCUCCAGAGUUGUGACCAUCAGGACCGCCUCGACGACGUUGACCAGGCCGAUCUCCAAGCUGGUUCUGUUACCGAUCUCUACCAGUUAA